ACCUGUUCUUAGAAACGGGAAGAUGGAGGUUACAGAUGUAAACAACCAGAAGUUAUUUUAUUUUAUGAUAUGAAAAUGCAAUUCAAAAAGUUCUACAAAAAUGCCAUCCUCUAUAGUCCCAAUCAAUCUCACAAGAGAUUUUUCUAUUAAACCAGCACAUGGAUUAAGAUAUGGAAAUUUUGAAGGUGUUGUUUAUUUACCACCCACAACUAAAUACGAGAAAAGAGGGGAACAGAACUUCUCAAAAUUAAACAACCAACAAAUUUAUAAAAAGAUAUGCGAUUGGUUUGAAGUAUGGAGAUCAUGGCAGCAGCAACAUUUGUUAUGUGGUAUAAUUGAUAGAUGUAGUAUUACUCAGUUAGAUAUUCUUGCCACAACACUAGAACCAGUAAGACACAGAGAUUAUGCUGCAGCCUAUAAACAUAGGUAUCCAUCUACACCAUUUAAAGUACUUAAACAAAGACAAGAGUCAAGAAACUACAAACUAACAUUUGAAGAGCCUGUUAAACAGCCUCUCAAGUCAAAUUUAAUCAGCGAAACACCAGGCCAGCUAUUUGAAUUUGAUGUAGCAGGAGAUGGACGGAUUGAUUUGCUGGAGGAUAUAGUCAGUUCAACAGAUUCCCCUGGCAGUAGACAAUUAGAAAAACAGGAUACAUUUGAUAGAUUGUGUGAAGUCAGGGCAAACAUCAACCCUUUUGAGAAGUAUGUUACAGAUUUAACUGAAUCUAUUAUUCAACAAGCAGUGAGCCAUGCUGCAGUUUUACACAAAUAUGGUACAGCAACAAAGUACAAGGGAGAAGAGCCUGUUUAUCAUACUCCUCGUCAAGGAGUUGUGUCGCAAGUUAGUUUUGCUUCAACAGAUAUUGAAUCAACAGAUGUGGAGGGUGAUGAAGGGAGAGAGAAUAUUACUUCACUGAGAGAUAUUACUAAUCAAUCUUUAGCUAGGGAAACCAAUAUUUCUCACUUACGGGAUACAAAUAUAUCAAUGAGGGAAACUGAUACAACAUUGAGAGGUCUUGCCAAAUCUCAACAGUAUUCUAGAAUCAGAGUAUUAUCACCAACAAUCAUAGAGACUUCAAACAAAGUAUACCGUGAAAAAAGUUAUUCAAGUGUGCAUUCUGAUAUGUCAAAAAGUCUGGAACAUUUCUCCAGUAGAAAUACUAGCCAAGUUAGACAACACUUAUUUGGAAGUAAUGCUGCUAGUACUCCAGAUUUCUUCACUGCUGAUACAGAAACUGUUCACAAAUUAGGACCCAUGCAACGGCAAAUAAGAUUUGGUACAGUACAGAAACCUAGAGGAGUAGAUGACUUGCCAGUUACUCUGCAGAAAUCGUACAAGAAUGUAAAGUGGUGGACAGGAGCUCCAAAGAAAGGAAAAAUCUUCUUAAAGGCCCAGAAAGUUGAUUUGAUGUCUAAUUUUAAAGAUCAGCUGAAACAGAUAUGGACUUGGCAAGGUCAGUGGGAAGGAUAUGAAAAGAUUAAUUUACUAAAAGAAGUGUUGAAGUUAUGUGGAGAUGAAGUUCUAAGUCAGCUUACUACACAUAUACAACAAAGAAUUAGAGACACAAGAGAUGUUAAUCGGCUGUCAGAUAAACUUUUACUGUACAUUUUUUCCUUUUUGACACCGCAUGAGAUUUUUAGAGCAUCACAGGUGUGUAGGAGAUGGAGGUUCUUAUGUGACACAGAUGAUCUAUGGAUGAUUAAAUGUCAUGAGCUAGGUGUGAAAGAGGGAAUCGAUAACAUGGAUGAUAUUGUAAUGAAGUCAAAUCAAAAUAAAAUGGGUAUAGACUGGAAGCUAGCUUAUAUGGAACUACAGAGAAUCACCCGUAUGAUGAAAUGGGAUGCCAAACAAAGAGAAAAUUACAUUCCAAUACCAUGGCAACAAUUUUUGCCUGUUUUGGUGACCAUUCCAAGCACUGCUAAAGGUGCAGAAUUAAGAGCAGCAGAAGAAGCAGAGCGACUAAGAAAACAAAAAGAAGAAGAAGAGCUCCUGAGAAAAUUAGCUUUGUUAAGGAAAACAAGCAUGGCCAGAUUGUCAACAAGUGUGUUGGAUUUUCAAGAUUUACUGGAGAAAUAUUGUAAAUUGUUUCAUCUUAGUCCAUUAGAAGAAGAGCUCUCAGUGAAAUCUGUAUCAGUUAUAGCUGAACUUGAAGUAAAACGAGGGACACUGUCUCGCCUACAGAAACAUGAAGAGAAGAGACAGCUAAGGGAGAUAACAGCAGCUGCAGCUAAAGCUGAACUUGAGUCAAAAACAAAGGUUCAAGAAAAAGAGGAUGAUGUUUCUAGUGAAGUUUCCUCAGAAGAUUUGGAGGAGUAUAUGGACUCAGUAUUUCAGGUUGUUAAAAGAGAAAAAACAAGAUCCUCAUCAUAUUGGAAAAAACUGAGACCCUUAAUUAACCAAGCAAGGUUACAAGAUAUAGAAAGAACACAACAACAAGUCAAGGCAAGGAAAGCUUUGAAAGAAAGAGAAAAGAAAGAAAAACUAGAAAAAGAGUCAAAAAAGAAGAGCAAAGCCACAGAAAAAACGUUUGCACCAGAACAAACAAGAACAGUUGACACAGAAAAGAAAACAGAUGAAACAGCAUUUGAUAUUAGAACUGAUUUAAUACAAGCAAGAGACAUACUGGGUAAAUCAAUGCCAAGUAUGAAGUUAGAGUGGAGACAAAUGGAAGAUACUGAUGAUAAAACACCUAGACCUUUUGAGAUGCCAAGAUACAUGGGUAUUGUGAAAAGUGUCAAACGAGUUAGAAGGUUACAGGGUCAUUUGAAUUCCAUUUUAUGUGUACAUUUUGACAAGAAGAGACUUAUAUCAGCUGGAUUAGAUAGGACUAUCAGGUUAUGGGAUAUCAGAAGUGGCAAAAGCAUACACAAAUUUUAUGGCCACAAGGGAGGUAUUAGAUGUUUACAGUUUGAAGGGAACACACUACUUACAGGAUCAUGGGAUACAACCAUCAUUGUGUGGGAUUUGCGUACAUUUGAGAAAAGGACAGUCCUUGCCAAACAUACAGAUUGUGUUUCAUGCUUAUAUAUUGGGCCAGAAUAUAUUAUUUCUGGAUCAUAUGAUAAAACUGUUCGGGUAUGGUUUAGACAGACAUUAAUCCAGUGGAAGGUGAUCAGAGGUCAUACAGCAGCAGUUAACAGUGUGUCAUGUGAUGGAGACUAUUUUGUAUCAGGGUCCAGUGAUAUGACACUUAGGCUUGUAAACAUACAAACAUCAGAAUGCUUACGCAUAUUUAGUGGCUGCCAGGACCAAAUCCUUUCUGUAGUAAUGCAAGGUGACUUAGUCAUUAGUGGUGAUUCUGGAGGUCAUGUAUACUUUUGGAACAAAGAAACAGGUGAGACAGAGGCAGCUGUACAAGCACAUGAUGGACAAAUUCACAAAAUCUGUUUCCAUAAAGGAAGAUUUUUCACAGCUUCAAGUGAUUCUACAGUACGAGAAUGGGACUUAAUGUCAAUGACAAGUGUCAGAGUUCUACAGGGACACAAGGGACCUGUCAGGGACAUUAAGGUAACGGAGGAUCGUUUUGUGACAUGCAGUGAAGAUGGUACCAUUAGAAUAUGGGAUCUAUUUGACAGUCGACGUCCUGGAAUUAAGUUAUAGAAAUCUUGGAAUAUCAAAGCAGAUUAUUUGAAAGAAACGAUAACAGUUUGAAACUUUUCAAAUUAUCUUAUUUUAUUUACACACCUUGUCCAAUCGACAGCUUAAGCGAUUGUACUUUCUCGUUUGUCGUCUGUUAAAAGUAUACUCUGAAAUCACUAGACCACAUGCGAUCAAACGUAGCAUCAAACAUCGUAAGAGAGUCGGUUUCAAUGAUUAUAACCACGCGGAAAGACCAACAUGAUGGCUAUGAUGCUAGAUCAUAGUAUCAAAACACUAAAAUGAACAACGGUUACAACACAGUGAAAAUAAAAUACAGAAAAAUAAUGUAUUUUUAAGGCAAACACUGUAAACCUCAGAUGAUUUGGUGAACAAUACUGUAAAAAGUAGAUAGUUUACUCAUAAGUUUAAAUUCACUCGACGAUGACUGAAAAUGUUACAAAAAUUCAAAAUUUUUAUUUAAAAAACAGACUUUAAUGGUAAUUUUUUUAUCACAAUUGCUGUAAAUUUUAGCUGAUAUUCUAGUGCAGUGUACCGUUUAAAAAAAAUAGUUGCAGAGUAACUGAAAUUUCAAUUAAGUCAAUAUACUUAAGAUGUAGUUAUUGUCCUCGGAACCGAAAAUUUCAUGAACAUUACAAUGUUUGUUCUACUGUCAGCACUUCAACUGGUCUUUAAUUGAAUUAACUUUGCUGUGAAGAAGUCAUUUGCAAGUUUCGUUGUUGUUGGUGUACAAACAACUUGUUUCUAGAGAUAUAGAGGAGGAUUUAGUUUAAGUCCACUAACAGUUCUACCUAGUUAAUUCUUAGUUGAGACAUAAUAUUAAUUAUUUGCAUUGAAUAUCAGAUAAGCAAAGUAUCCGGGUUUCAGAAGAUUCAGUUGUGAUUUCCCUUGACUGUGGCAUUGCUUUAAAAAGUACAUCCGAAUUUUAUCUGAAACACUUCAUAACCUAUUUUGUGGUUACCCUCACGACAGUAUUUUACGGUAUGUGGGUUGCUGAUUAUGAAUUUAAAUAGGAAAGUCAGGAUACAAGCAUUCUGUCUUUUCUGUUUCAUUCAAAUUUCACAAAUUUUGAUAACUAUUUACAAAAUUUAUAAACCUGAAUGUUUGACUGAAAUUCCUAGUGCAGACAUUCCUUUACGAGAUUAUUGAUUUUUUUUUCUACUUUUACACAAAAAUAGAUUUUAUGCAGUUUUUAACUGAUAGAACAUUGUUUCGUUUUGUAUUCAUUUUAUUGAGAUGUAUAUUAAUUUAUUUCAAGUAUGAUGCACUUAAUGGUACCGAUUUAGAAACCAUAAAAUGAUUAUUAUGUUUUAAACGUAUUUGAAUUUGCACAAUUUUAUUUAUUUAUUUAUAAGAAUUUAUUUGCUAUGUUUAUUACUAAUAUUAACUGGUUGUUUUUGUGAUAACAGGGUGUUUUAUGAUAAACAGGAAAUGAAAACGCUAAAUGUAUUUUUAUUUUCUUGAAUUUAAUGCUGUUUCUCAUAUAUUACUUAUUACACAGUUUAUCGACUUCAAUUUGGUUUUAAAAAUUUGACAGUCAGGUAAUUAUGAUAUGUCCGAAAAUGAAUGCCUGCCCCACUGCAAGUUGCCCAGUUGUACACUUUACAGCUCCUGUAUUCAUGAAAUGUCUAACCUAAAUUUCAAAUACAUUUGUACCUUACUUUUUUACCUGACUGCACGUUUAGGUUUAUUAUCAAGACUAAUAUACAUUGUAGAACAUCAAAUUCCUUUGAACAGUUCUAGUCCUUGUGGUGGUGUUAUUGCACGUUGUUAACAGUUUGAUUGCAAUAUAGAUUACAUAUUAUUUGUUUACAAGCUUUGUAAGAUUAGUUUUGUUUUGAUACCUUUCUAUUACAUAAUUUUUAUUAUUA